AUGGGAUGCACAUCUUCAGCAGAGACUAUUCCUUAAUCAUUGAAUGAUUUUUAGUAGUUGAAACUAGGAACUUAAUCGAUUGAGUUAACUCAAUUGUUUUUGGUUGCAAACAAUUUAAUAAAUGAGGUCUAACAGCUUUAUAAGUAAGUUGAAGGAGAUAGACUGAUUUUAUUACGUAUUACGAAAGUAUUUUAUAAAGUUAUUAUAAUAGGUAUCUCUAACAGCAUAUUAGACACUAAUAGAUGCAUUUGGCUUUUGGACAAGAUAUGUUUCUAUCUGUAAUCUUGGUAAGGGUCAUUAGAAUGGAGUAUUUUACAAAUUAGAAAAUGAUGGUAUUUUGAAUUAAUUAUUUGGAUAGGAAAGUAUUUGACAUUUGAUUUGGGUUUAUGUGGUGAUUUGAAAAUGUAAUGGUUUGGAGAGAUUCUUAAUGAUUAUUUUUAAAGUCUUUAAAGAAUUACAUAAAUAAUUCCAAACAUUGUUGAAUAGUUGAAAGUUAUUCUGGAAAAAGUUAAUAGGAUGACAGUUAAUGUUUAAGAGAAGAAUCAAGUUUCUAGAAAUAAUAUUAGUUUAUUAAAAUUCAAUAUAAGUUUCACAAAAAUAAUGAACAUUAAAAUAAUUUAGUAUAAUGAAGAAUUAGAGUUGCUUAAUAAUAAAUAUAAAUAAUUUGCAGAAAAUGCAGAUGAAUUAGGAAUUAAACUAUAUAGUAAAUAUGGUGUAAGAAAAUUAGUUAAUUCUGAAAAAUAUUGUUUGAAAUCUAAAAUUAAUAUUAUAAUAGAUUAAUGUUUUAGAGGGGAAAUGAGAUCUGAAAUAUAAUAAGAUAUGUAGAAUAAAGAAAAGGAAAGAAGAAAAUUAAAGAAACCAGCAUGGACUUUUGGAGAUGAUAUUGGAAUUGGAAUUAAAAAGUUUCCAUUCAGAAUUAGAUGGACAGGAUGUUAAUGUGUUGAUCAUUCUUUUUUUAUAAUUUCUAAUUACUUAGAAAAUCAUAGUAAACAUCUUCUAUUGUUAAGAAAAUUAUCAGUGAUACUAAGGUAUUUGACUUAAGCUUAUAAAACUGAUGAUGAUACAUUAGCAAGAGCAUGGUCAAUUUUUUGUUGUUAUUUAAAUUAAAAGGAAAGAACAGUUAUAUAAAAUAAUAUGUCUAUUUUAGAAGGAAUUAAAAGACUGAAACUUAAAGAUGAAUAUGCUGAAAAAUGCAGAAUCUAUUUCAUUUAAUAUAUAUAAUUGUUUGAUAAUGAAUUAAUUUAAAAGUUAGAAUAAGAAUGGUAAUAUUAUUUAGAAGGAUAAGAAAAAGUAUUAUCUUUAUGGUCAAAAAAUCAAAUAUUUAGUACCAAUGAAUAUAAAUAACUUGAUAUACAUGAUAAAUAUUAUGCAUUAACAAGUAUGAGCAAAAAUAUUUAUGCUCUCUAAAACUAUUUUCCACUUGCUACCAAAAUCUAUAAUACAGGUAUUAAUAAAUAAAUUUAUAUCUUUAGUCUAUUAGAAAAAACUGGUAAAAGGAAAAGACUUUCUCAAUUAAUUAUAAUCAAUUUAUAUCUCUUCAGGAAUUUACACUCUUCAAUUUGAUAAACUUUAUACCUUAAAUAAAACAGAAGAUGAUUUAAUUAAAGUUAAGAAUAAGGAAAUAAAGUAUAAAUAUGCAUUUAGUAAAUUUGAACGAAAAGGUUGA